GGAAAUAUUAUCUCAUAUUUUGGGUGUUUCUGAUGAUAAACAAUCUCAACAAAAUGUCUUAGACGACAUAUGUUCAAUAACGAAGAAAAACAAAAAUUUUCAAAAACAAGUUAAACAAAAUACAUCUGAAGUGGAAGAAAACGAACCAUUACUUGACGGUAGUAAAUACUCUAAAGAAAAUUGUCCUUCAAAACGAAUUCAAAAACGUAUAUCAUACGGAAAUUGUGAGGAAUAUUGCUUCAAAGAAUUUUCAAAUAAUACUUCUACCUCAUCUUCAGCUGAUCAAUCAAAUCAAUCAAAUAAUAAAGAAAUUCAAAUUGAGAUUAGAAGAGAAGUUAAUAUUCUCAAAUUAUUGAAAAAUUUUAAACAUAUUAUAAGUUUUUAUGGUGUUGCUCAGGAAGAUACUAAAUAUUAUUUAGUCACUGAAUGGAUGAAAUAUGGGAAUUUACAUGAAUAUUAUACGAAUUUUAAAGAUUAUAUAGAUCUUAAAACUAAAAUUAAAUUUGCUUUGGAUAUUUGUCGUGGCGUCGCAUACCUUCACGAAUGCGAAAUUCUUCAUCGUGAUAUUCAGUCUGCAAAUGUCUUAGUUGAUGGAAAUCAUAAAGUUAAAAUAGCAAAUUUUGGUUUAAGCAGAAAAUUUUCCGACAUUACAAGAAAUAUUUUGCAAAAUUUAGAAAAUAUAAGAUAUAUGGCUCCGGAAAAAUUAGCGGUAGAAAAUGAUGAAAACAAUAAUAAUGAUGCUCAAAAAAAGAAAGUUCCUUACGAUUCUAAAUGUGAAAUUUACAGUGUUGGAGCAUUAUUGUGGGAAAUUGCCGAAUUAAAGAAACCCCAUUAUGAUCUUGAUAAAUCAGUCUUGCUCGUUAACAUUAGAAAGCGUGUUAGUGAAAGGUAUUGCUUACCAUUUUCAAAUGAUGUACCUACAGAAUGGAGAACUAUAGUAACUAGAGCCAUGGAAUAUGAUUCAAUGUGGCGUAUUAGUAUAACCGAUAUUUGUCGUGAUUUUUAUAACUUGAGCAAUAAAAUACAUUCCGAUUCCUUACAAGAUAACACUGAAGUGUCAACUUCCAAUGACUUUUGUACUCUCUCUGUUGAUGAAGCAAUUAACGUGCAUAGAUCUACGAAUGGAAAUAAACAAUUAGCAUGGCAAAGUUUCAAAUAUCAUUCGCCCACCAAUCUUGAAGCAAAAUACUGGUUAGGAUAUUAUUAUUAUCAUGAAGAGAAAAUUCCUGAGUUACAACAAAUUAAUAAGGACGAAAAGAUUAGAAUCGCUGCAAAUAUAUUUAAAGAAACAGCUGACAAAGGAAAUCCUUCAGCUCAAUUAAGAUAUGGAAUGUGUUUAUGGGAGGGUAAUGGUGUUGUUAUAAAUACUCUUGAAGCUCUUAAAUAUUUAAAGAUGGCAGCUAAUCAAGGAAAUUCUGCAGCUAUGUAUAUUAUUGGAAAGGCUUAUUGGAAAGGUGGUAAUGGUAUUGAAAAAGAUAAGAAGCAAGGUGCUGAAUAUUUAAAGAAAGCUGCUUCAAAUAAUCAUCCAAAGGUUGAGUAUGCGCUGUAUUUUUAUCAUGCCCAUAAACUGGCCGAAAAAUAAUUCUAGCCGUGAAAAAAGCCGCACAAAGACCAGAAUUAUCGUAAUAUAUUAGCAAUGGCCUAAAUUAUCCAAAUUCUGUAUGUCUAAUAUACCUUCAAAUGCGAAGCGUGUGUGGCCUUAGUUUUUUUACGGGAUGUUAAAUCCGAGAAUUAAAAAUUAAAUAUAUUU